AUGCCUGGAUCAGCUACAGCUAUCCGACAAGAGAGACUGAAGAAGACCAAUGCGAGACCAGUUCCCCUUGGUUUGUUCACCAUUAAUGAGGAAGAUGAACAGCAAAAGAAUGGAAAUUCCAGAAGACUGAAAGCGCCUGACAGCCACAAAGUGCAAGAUAAGAAGACUCCUGCCACCAACCGCCCCACCUCUGCUGUUUCAGGACAAAAUAGCAACCACUCAGGAAAUAAACCAGACCCUCCACCUGUGCUACGAGUUGAUGACCGGCAGCGGCUGGCCCGGGAACGUCGUGAGAAACGGGAAAAACAGCUAGCUGCAAGAGAGAUUGUGUGGUUGGAGAGAGAAGAGCGCGCCAGGCAGCACUACGAGAAACACCUGGAGGAGCGGAAGAAGAGGCUGGAGGAGCAGAGGCUGAAGGAGGAGCGGAGGCGGGCUGCUGUGGAGGAGAAGCGGAGGCAGCGGCUUGAGGAGGACAAAGAACGCCAUGAAGCCGUUGUACGGCGUACAAUGGAGAGGAGCCAGAAGCCAAGACAAAAGCAUAACCGGUGGUCAUGGGGUGGCCCUCUCCAUGGGAUCCCCAACAUCCACAGUGCAGAUCCUGACAGGCGGUCAGUUUCCACCAUGAAUCUUUCGAAACAUGUUGAUCCCGUCAUUAGCAAGCGGCUCUCCUCUUCAUCAGCAACUUUACUAAAUUCUCCAGAUAGAGCUCGCCGCCUGCAGCUCAGUCCGUGGGAGAGCAGCGUUGUUAACAGACUCCUGACGCCCACACAUUCGUUCCUGGCCAGAAGUAAAAGCACAGCUGCCUUGUCUGGAGAUGCAGCAUCUUGCAGCCCCAUCAACAUCAUGCCCUACAAAACUGCACACUCUAGAAAUCCGAUGGAGCGACCAAAACUCUUUGUCACCGCACCUGAGGGCUCUGCACGCAGGAGGACCAUUCAUGGCACAGUGGGCUAUAAAAGAGAGAGAGAAAGAGAAAACGUACCCUUUCAUCUUCCAUCUGGCAUCAGAAGGGCUUUAUCUCCAUGUCAUCCUAAAGCAAGAUCACCAACUUCCUCCCGACUUCGUCCUGGCUCAAUCAAAGCUCCCUCUGCUCAAGCCCGGCCCCCAUCUCCCGGCAACAUCCGCCCUGUCAAGAGAGAAAUCAAAGUGGAGCCUGAGAAAAAGGACCCAGAGAAGGAACCUCAAAUAGUUGCCAAUGAGCCCACAGUGAAGGGCAGGGCACCUUUAGUGAAGGUGGAAGAGGCCACAGUUGAAGAAGGGACACCUGUCGAGCCAGAAGCUGUCCCUGUUGAUUUUCUCCUUGUACCUGUUUGUACAGCUGCUCCAGCCACAGCCACAGCUUCGGCACCAACCUCGGCCACAGCCCCAGCCUCGGUCCCAGCCCCGUCCUCCUCUGUGACUACCAGUCCUUCUACUAAGACCUCUGCAGGUACAACUGACCCGGAAGAGGCCACAAGGCUGCUCGCUGAGAAAAGGCGGCUGGCUCGAGAGCAGAGAGAGAAGGAGGAAAGAGAGAAGAGGGAGAGGGAAGAGCUUGAAAGACAAAAGAGAGAGGAACUAGCUCAAAGGGUGGCCGAGGAGAGAAUGCGUCGUGAGGAAGAAGCCCGACAGCUAGAAGCUGAGCAAGCCAGGGAGAAGGAAGAACAACUCCGACGCCAAGCAGAAGAGCAAGAGCAGGAGGAGAUGGAGCGCAUGCAGAAGCAGAAAGAAGAAGAGGCUCGUGUUCGGGAAGAAGCAGAGAGGGUCCGGCAGGAACGAGAGAAGCAUUUCCAGAGAGAAGAACAGGAGCGUCUGGAGAGGAAAAAGCGACUGGAGGAGAUUAUGAAAAGAACCAGAAGAACAGAAGCUACAGAUAAGAAAUCUCUUGACCAGAGAAAUGGAGAUAUAGCCAAGGGAGCUCUCGUUGGAGGAACAGAAAUAUCUGCACUUCCAUGUGUAACAAACUCUCCAGGAAAUGGAGAACCAGUGACCAGCCCACAUGCGGUUACCUCACACCCAUCAAAAGCAACUGUGGAGAGUACUCCCAACGUGGAAAACCAACCAAAUGAAAAUGGAAUAUCUGUACAGAAUGAAAAUUUUGAAGAAAUUAUAAACUUACCCAUUGGAUCUAAACCAUCCAGAUUAGAUGUCACCAACAGUGAGAGCCCAGAAAUCCCUUUGAAUCCAAUUUUGGCCUUUGAUGAUGAAGGAAAACUUGGGCCUCUGCCUCAGGUAGAUGGUGUUCAGACACAACAGACAGCAGAUGAUGUAAUGUGA